AUGGGCAGCCGGCCCCGCAGCCCCAUCGCUUACCCUGCGGACUGGUGGGGGCCGCAGCCCGGAGGACCUGGCCCUGGUAAGCGCCAUCGAACGGAGGAACCCGAAGCUGAGGCGGCGCCCAGCCUGGACAACGUGCCUGAGCCCCUGGCCAAGGGCGCGCUAACCUCCAUGGUGGUCCUGCCCGCCGGCUGUGCCCUGCACCUGCCCCUGGACCACGUCGACGUGCUGCUGGAGCCCGAGCCCACGUCCGUGAGGCAAGUGUCUCUCGGAGAUCACAUCCUCAUGCUGGUCCCCGAGGCCCUCCUGGGCUCGGGCGUGGAAGGCCCGUGGGUACAGGGCCUGGAACGGGCCGGUUUCCUGAGCGCUCCCGAGGAGUAUAUGGCCCUGGAGCCGGGAUUCUUGUGCGUAGCUGUCCCAGAGAUCGCCUGCCAAGAAGAGGCCAACAAGGAGGACGCGGACGCCGAGUUCCUGCCGCCUGCGAUGUAUGCUGAAGCCGGCUACGUCACUGGGCUCCGCAGCCCUGCAGCAAGGGUGUCGGGCCCCGGCGCGCAGGGCUUACUCCCAGAGCUCUGGCCUCGGGCGCCCAACCCCAGUCCAGAGACAGGCUCUCCUCACCACGACGACAACCUGUACUUGCACCUUCCGGAGCCCUUCCCCGACCCACCACUCCAACCUCUACCUCCCUCUCCUUGUCCGGGUCCUCACGAGCGCCCCCAACACCUUCAUGGUCCUCUGCUCAAGUGCGCGAAAUGCCUGAUCCCGGAAUGA